UCUAUGAUGAUUGUAUAUGUAUGCGUGGCAAAAUCAUAACCCCGCUUAAUCACAGUGCAUUAAUGGUGCAUAACUGAACGCGUAAAUAAAAAAGUAUUGCUUUAAACUUAAUUAUUGUUAAUCAACACUAAUUUUAAAGUAAUUUACCAAAGAGCCGUAUUCUUUACAGAUAGUCAAUACGGUUGUGUUCUUUUGAAAAAUUGUCGGAAUAGUUUGCCUGGUAUUUUAAUGACAUUUAGCGAAUAAUAUUGUAGAUUGUAGAAGAUAUUUAAAUGCAGAUUCCUUAAAAGACAAAAAAUGGUGUUCUGUAAAGUAUUUAAGACUUUGCUGCUAGUUUUGUCUGUGGUGAUUGUUGUACACGGUUUUUAUUUACCUGGACUUGCACCUGUCAACUAUUGUAAAAAAGAAGACGAAUCGUCGAACUGCAAAUCAGAAGUACUGCUUUAUGUUAAUCGCUUAAACACUGGAGAAUCUGUCAUUCCUUAUGAAUAUGAACACUUUGAUUUCUGUUCACCUGAUAAAAACCUAAAAGCACCUGUGGAAAACCUAGGACAGGUAGUGUUCGGUGAAAGAAUAAAACCUUCACCUUACAAGAUCGAAUUUAUGAAAAAUAUGAGUUGUCAGUCAGUUUGUAAUAAAACUUACAAAGGAGAUAAUGAUGCCUCAUUAACCAAGUUAAGCAUUUUAAGAAAAGGCAUUAGUCUAAAUUAUCAACAUCAUUGGAUUGUGGAUAAUAUGCCUGUAACAAGCUGCUUUGAUGUAGAAGAUGGUCAUCAGUUAUGCACCACAGGUUUUCCAAUGGGGUGUAAUCUUAAUGAUCCAAAGAACAUGUGCAUCGGAAAUAUUGUAAAUAAAAAAGGCUACUAUAUUAACAAUCACGUCGAUUUGUUGAUCACAUACCACUCAGGAGGACAGGAAGAAUGGGGAAGUCGUUUUGGAAAUAAUGGAGGAAGAAUAAUAUCUGUGAAAGUUAUUCCUAGAAGUAUAAAGCAUGGAAAAAACCUGGAUUGUUCUUCUCAAGAGCCAUUGGAAAUUAAAUCAUUGAGUAAUACUGAAACUUUAGAUAUAAAGUACACGUAUUCAGUCUUUUUUUUCAAAAAUAACACAAUAAAAUGGUCCUCUCGAUGGGACUACAUUUUGGAAUCUAUGCAACACACAAAUAUACAGUGGUUCAGCAUUCUUAAUUCACUCGUCAUUGUCCUUUUCCUUUCUGGUAUGGUCGCAAUGAUUUUGUUGCGGACUCUACACAAAGACAUCGCAAGGUAUAACCAGAUUGACAGUGGAGAAGAUGCACAGGAAGAAUUCGGUUGGAAAUUGGUCCAUGGAGACGUGUUUCGUCCCCCACGAAAAGGAAUGCUGCUCUCGGUACUUUUGGGAUCGGGCGUUCAAGUAUUUUUUAUGACGUUGGUGACUUUGGCUUUCGCCUGUUUAGGGUUUCUUAGUCCUGCGAAUAGAGGGGCCUUAAUGACUUGCGCAAUUGUUCUUUAUGUACUUCUUGGCACUCCUGCUGGUUAUGUCUCAGCUAGAAUAUACAAAAGCUUUGGAGGAGAAAAGUGGAAAUCAAAUGUUCUUUUAACUUCUAUGUUGAGUCCAGGGAUUGUCUUCAGCUUAUUUUUCAUUAUGAAUUUGGUGUUGUGGAGUAAAGGUAGUUCUGCUGCAGUAUCUUUCACAACUCUACUUGCUCUCCUAGCUCUUUGGUUUGGUGUAUCUGUGCCAUUGACUUUUGUUGGCGCGUACUUUGGUUUUAGAAAAAGAGCUCUGGAACACCCUGUACGUACAAACCAAAUUCCUCGACUCAUCCCGGUGCAGUCGGUGUACACUCAGCCAAUCCCAGGCAUAAUAAUGGGAGGUAUUCUUCCAUUUGGAUGCAUCUUUAUUCAGCUUUUCUUUAUUCUAAAUUCAAUCUGGGCGUCUGCAAUGUACUACAUGUUUGGUUUUCUAUUUCUCGUUUUCAUAAUUUUGGUAAUCACAUGUGCAGAAACUACCAUCUUGUUAUGCUAUUUCCACCUAUGCGCCGAAGAUUAUCAUUGGUGGUGGAGAUCGUACUUAACUUCCGGUUUUACUGCGGUCUACCUCUACCUGUACUGUUGUCAUUAUUUCUAUUCAAAAUUGCAAAUCGAGGAUUUCGUGUCGGAAUUCCUCUACUUCGGGUACACGCUCAUUAUGGUCUUUUUGUUCAAUCUUUUGACUGGCACCAUAGGAUUUUUCUCUUGUUUCUGGUUCAUCAGAAAGAUCUACAGUGUCGUUAAAGUGGACUGAGGUCCUCCAGGUGAGCUGAUGUUAGCCUUUAAAAUUGUGAUCUAGUGAUUAUACAUAUAUUAUCCUAUUUGCGGUUUGCUUUUAAUUUUUAUCUGUUGCUGUUGAUAGUCAUGUGGUAUGUCUGUUCUGUUCUAAUUUGAGAAUUGUUUCCAUUAAUCUAAUGAUUAAAUAUUAUUUUGGUCUUAUAUUUAAAAUGCCUAUUAUAUGUUUGUUCAAAUAAUGUUUUAGAAAAAUUCUUGUAAAACCUUAGAAAUUGACAUGAGUUUAAGUUAUUAAAAGCACAAAAUGGUUAAAAAAGACAAAGUGGAACUUCUUUCUUUACAUAAGUUUUUGCAUGUGUGAUUUAAUACCAAUGUUUUUGAAAGAUUCUCGAAUUGGUACAGAGAAAUAUUAUACACAAAAAUAUUUAAAUCUAUUAUGAAAUAUUGUAAAUACAUGCAGCACCUGAAAUAUCAUGAUAUAUUGUUUUGAUUGGGAUUAUUUUAUUUUGUUUUUGUCUGAAAUCUACAGAGUGAUAGAAUAAUUGAGCGAUUUCAGAAUCAAACAAUUUAUUGUUUGCUAUUUAUGUGAUGCCAAAUCAGUCUGUACAGUGGUUUUUGAUGUCAUUUUAUAAUUUUAAUGUCAACAGUGAGACACUAAAGAAUCUCGAAGAUUGAAGGCUAGGUGCUCAAACUAACAGCUCGGGGAUGGUCACAAUCAAUGAUAGAUUUCAAUAAAAGAAACAUUAAGGUAAAAAAGGUAAUAUCAAAAACCGGGACUGAAAUCUAUUAGGAUGUUGGAAAAUAAGUCUAGGAAUUUACUUCUUUGGCGUAAUUGUUAAACAUUUUUAAUUCAUUGGCUGAGAGACUAUGUAAGUGAGAUAACUUCUGUUUCCAAUCUUCGGAUCUACUCUUUGGCGUCCCUUUUAAUAUUAUACUCAAUUAAUUAUUAUCAAUUACACAUUAAAGAGAGCAUUGUUUUAAUUGAUUUGAAUUUGAAAUCAUCCGUUUAUUCUAUCACUGUCUGCAAGUGUGCAGAAAGUAUUUUACUGUUUUUUUAGAAAGGUAAGUAAUUGAUUGGUAAUACAAUUCAGUUUAUCUAAAUGAAGAAAGGAAUGCACUGAUCAUUUUGUAAUAUAAGUUUACAAUAAUAAUGUUUGCAAUUAUUAUGAUUUAUGAUUAAGGGUAAUAAAUGUUGCUUAAAUUAAAAGGUGGUUGUAUUUAAAAAUUCAAUUUAUUAAAUUGAUUACACAAUGAAGAAGACUGACUGAGCAGAAGUGAAUGAAAUAAGCCAAAAAGGGGUAAGAAAAUAUUAAAAUAGGGUUGUAGAAAUUUUAGUAUUAAUCGGGAAGGCCAUAUUAUUGUAAAGUUUUAUCUUAUAGUAAUAUAAGUAAUAUGUAAACCAGGGUGAUUUAAAUUUCUUUUUCUUUUCGAAAAGUUACAAAUACUACAAUUCAAGGAGAGUUCAUAAUAUUGAUAUUUAUUUAGACAUUAGACUUGGUUUUCCAAAAGAAAAGCAUGGAAAAUUUACUUCAUCACAAUUUUCUUCCAUAUCUCAUAAACAAAAAACUUACACGAAUGGAACCAAGGCAAUAGAAAAGAGUCUGAUAUUUACGACAACAACUACAAGUACCAUACAAUUGUUUCUUCAUAUUCUACACCAACAAAACGAAAUCCGACCAAAAAACUUCAAAAGGACGAAUGACACUAUACUAUGUAUCUAAUUUUUUAUAUUCUACACCAACAAAAUGAAAUUCGUCAAAAAAAGUGUCGAAGGGAUUAUUUCAAGAUUUUUGGUGGGUAAUAUCCAAGAGAAGUAUUGUUUUUUCGGAAUAUGUACUUACUUGCAUUAGUUAAUAAUAAUAAUAAUAAUAAUUUUGUUUAAACAGAUGCAACUGGCAAACAAACUGUCUAAGGUGUUUACAGAAAAUUACAUAUUAUUUUCAAUGGACGAGGUGUAAGUUUUUUGUUCACGAGAUAUAUAGGUAGCAGUGGAGGUCAAAAUUUGAAAAAAAAAAUUAACGUAACCUUAUCCAACUAAAUCUAAUUUAAUUGUAUGAGUAAUUUUUGUUCUUUGCGAUUUUUCACUUCUGCCCCCCCUCUUUCACCCCCUCUAUCCCCAAUUAACACACUUUUUAGUGUUCUACAAAGUCAUCACUACCCUUUCCACUAAUUUUCUCCGCCUUCCUACCAAGGUCCUCUAUACAAUUAUCAUUCUCAAAUUUCUCUUCCAUUCCCCCCAUGUUUCUGCCUUCAUCUAAAAAUACUUGUUUGGUGUUUAACGAGAUCACCCCUACUCCCCUGCCUCCUCCCACCAUUUCAGAGGGCGUCUCAUCAUCUGCAUAUUUACCAAACAGUCUUGCAAAAAUUGAUGCUAAUGGUGUUCAUAAUAUAAUAUACCUUCAUUUUGUAUAAACUUUGUCUUCUGUUCUCAAAGAAGGUGACAAACAUUUUUUAUUUUGCUGUUGACAAAUCUAUAAAUCUGCCACUAGUAUGCACUUACCUAAUAAUAUGUUAAUUUUAAAUUUUGUUAUGAAUGUAUAAUAUGUUCAUAAGCAGAAUCUAAAGUAAUUUAAACACUUCUUUAUUUUGUUAUGAUGGCUAAACAGUAUUGGAUAGAAUUUAUAAAAUAUAAUAUUUCCUUCUAAAUAAAUUAUCAGUAUUUUUACAUAAAAUGCAUUUUUUAAUCUUGAAAUCGAACGAUACUCAAAUAAAAUGGAGUUUUAAUAUAUCAUUAAACUUGACUUGGUAUUGGGUUAGUCCAUUUUACGAAUUUUAUUCUUCUGCUUUGUCUACAUCAUGAAGCUAAUUUGAAAAAUGGGUACACAAAACACCAAUUCAAUUUUAAGGACAACGAAUUGAUGUCAAAUUUAUUUUGAAUACUUAUGCUAUAUAUUAACAUUUGAUCAAUUCAUUUUGAAUGAAAUGAAUAAAUAGAAAAUAUAAAGCAAAAAUUAUAAGUUAAUAGUAAUUUCACCUAAUGCCUAAUUAACUUUUUUUCGUACUGCCCAAAUCUGUAACAAAAUAUUUUUAUUUAGUAAUAUAUAUUAAUAAUAAGGUUUGUACUUGGCCGGUGCAGGUAUUCAUUUUAGUUGAUUUUUGUUAGUCAAAUAUGUAUUAAUACAUGUAUAACGAAAUAAGUUUACUAGAUUGUUCUUUCUUUCCUUUAUUUAAAUUGUUUAUUACUUUAUUUCAUUCAUGUUACGAUAAAAAAAGUGCAGUUUAUGUUUAUUAUAGGGGAUUUUAAUUCCAAUUUUUAAUUGUACUAUUAUUGUAACAACAGUUUGUCACGAUUCAAUUGGACUUGUUUUUUUAAAACCACUACAUUUAUUACUUAUUAUAUCUGUAGAGGAAUAUGUAACUUAAAGGGUCAUUGUUUUUGUGGAAGCAAAGUUUUGUGUAUUAAAUUUAAUUAAUUACCGACAAUAAAGGGAGCACAAUCCA